AUGACUGAGCAAGAGCGCCCGGAGGAACUCCGGCUCGUUGCCCAGAACCUCACCACGCUCCCGGAUUUGCGAGGCUUCAGCCACGUCACCAUCCUGGAUGCUUCAGACAAUCGGCUGGUCUCCGUGGCCCGGCUCAGCGCGCAGAUGCCAGCUCUGCGACGGCUGCGCCUGGCGCGGAAUCGGCUGCGGCGCGUUGAGCGCCUGGGGGAUCUGCCGAAGCUCCAGCUACUGGACGUUUGCGAGAACCUGCUCGGGCCCACGCCUGGGGCUGCACUUCACAUGAUCGGCAACUGCUCCGAAUUGCGGGCCAUCUUCGUGACGGGGAAUCCCUUUGUAGAGAUCGCAGAAGAUCUUCGGGCAUACCGGUACCAGCUGCUGGAUCUGGUCCCCUCACUGCGGUUCAUCGACGGCGAGGCCGUUGGCAAAGCCAGGCCUGGUGUGGAGCUGAGCUCAGCACCAGAAGCUUUCGAGCUGAACACGAAGUAUUAUCAUCCCACAGAGAGUGUGAUGCAAUGGAUGGUGAAAUGGCCGACUUCCCCCCUGCCCGUGGCGGGAUCCCAUACCUCCUUCGGGACAGGAGGCCCAGGUGCUGCCUAUGCCUUUUCAGAGAAGCGGCGGACGACUAGCUUACCUCGAGCUGGGCGCCUCGCGCGUAGCGCCUCCGAAGGCGCCCUUGCGACCAAGCGGCCAAAGGCCGCCCUGUCCCCAACGCUGCCAAAGAGCCUGUGCCGCUCCGGCUCCGCGUCUGUGCUGCGCGAGAAGACCUGGCCCAGGGUCUUCUUUUUGGAGAAGGAAAUCCUGGACCAGUUCUCUGCCCUGUGCGACUUCUGCAGACGGCCGCAGGCCACUUUGGAGGAGCUUUUGCCUCUCUAUUCCUGGCUGGUGGCGUCCUUGCAAGACUCCAGGGGCUUCGGCAGCCGCUUGGAUCAAACAUUGGCGCUGGUGGCUGACGUGCUGCACAGCUGCUUCGGGCAAGGCGAUUUCAAGGUGGUGGUCGAGGAGGUAUUCGAGGAUGGUACCAAACGCACAGAGUUUCCGGUGUGGUCUCUCCUGUUGAGGAAGUGGUCAGAUGUCUUUGCCAACAUGAUGAGCCAUCAGCAUUUCAUCGAAGGGUCCACUGCUGAAGUGGUCAUCAAGGAUUUCUCCGCCUGCGCGGUGGAUGCCUUCCUGCGCUUCCUCUACUCUGGGACCCUUUCAACCAACCUCUCCACAUUGAUCGAGGUCGGAGUCAUCGCAGACAAAUACCAGGUUCAGCCCCUCUACAAAGCUUGUAUGGGCACUGUAAAGGAGAAGCUCGCUUCGGAGACAGCCUGUGAGAUCUUUGAAUGCGCUGACCGCUUCCAUCUCGAGGAGCUCCGCCGAAAGGCCAAGGAGGAGAUCCUCAUCGAGCCGCGGGAUGCCCUGCCCCGGCGCUCCUCCCUCAGCUCCAAGCUACUGGACGAAGUGCUCAGCAGCGAGUUGCUGUGCAUCGAGGAGUGGGAGCUCUUGGAGCUGUUUUUGGAGUGGGGAUCGGCAGAAGACAUGGAUGCCGUGCUGCAGCUCAUCGCCAAGCACGUAGACCUUCGAGGCAUACCGGAAGAUGACUUUCAGCAGCUCUGCGCCGAUUCCCGCACGCGAGGCCAGAAAGCCGUGCUUCUUCGCAUGCGUGAGAAGCAGCCCCAAGAGCAGCGCUUCAAACGCAGUCAGCAUUGCACAGACAUGCUGUCCGCGCUCUACUUACGCCACAUCGAAGAAGGUCACGAGAGACUUCCUUUCCUUGGGUACUGGGUGAACGUCAUCCCGGGAGACUUAAGCCAAGAGUGGUUGAAUAGCGGCAUUGAACACAUGCAACAUAUCGCGAGGAACGGCUCUUUCCUCAAUCUGGAAGAUGGCUGGAUUGCCUGGUUCCUCCCGCACACACCUUUUUAUCUGCUCGGGUUUAGCUUCGAGACAUUUAUGCCCGCGGAUGUACAUUUCGAGUUAUCAUGCUCACGAGAUGGCAAAGACUGGCAUGUUGCCAUGGUUUCAGAAGGGAAUAUACCUGCAGGAGACCUGACUCCAAGCAACUACUACCCCCACAUGGUACAGUGGAUCAAGCUGAAGGUGACGCAUGGUCGACAGGCAGUUGCCAUCAUUGCCAUUCUGUCCCUGUCUGUGCUGCGCAGCUCAGCAUGCUCUUGCGGUCAGGCCUCGGACCGCGGGAAGCUGCGCAGACGGAGCAUCUAUGCUAGCGAGCGUGUGUCAUCACGGCAGAAAAAGCUGACUUGUUCUGUGGUUGGACCGGGGCUACUCACGCUCAGCUUGAACUUCGAGCUGCUUCUGGAUCCGAGCGGGGCUUCUCAGAAGUGGCAGCUGUGGACGGGUGGUCAACGAUCCGGAGCUGGCACCAGAUACCUACAGGCUUUGUGUUUUGUCUUUGUGUUGCUCUCACUCUUCGCUGAUGACCUCGUUUGGCUCUUUGGAACUGAGGCCUGGCAGAUAGCUGGCGGAGGAUCUUCCCUCGAGAGUUUCUUGUGGGAGCCUUGCAGACAGCUCCGCAGUUAG